UGAGGGUAGAGACACAUACCACAAGCAUUUCGUUGGAUGAGAUCUCUCGUCUAUUGGUUGGUCGGGGUAUUGCACAAUCACGGCGCAGUAUGCCGCAGGGCGGACAUUUGCCUGAUGGAGGUAGCCCGACGAUCUACGCAGAUGGCAUUGUUCAGAAUUAGACACAAAGCAGGUCGUAUAACGAUGGCGAUGUUUUGUCGUGUUGUAUUGGUGAGAAGAGAAAGGCUACCGGUCAUUGUGAUGGGUUCGGUUUUCGCCAAGAGAACCCAAAUGGCUGUCGUCAUGCCCUCACCCAGCUUCUUUUCCAAACACCCGCCUUUGGCCCAUGAUACACACCCACAGGCGCGUCUGCAAUGCGCCAAAUAGGUGGACCUGACAGCAAUCGCUAUUAUUCCUUUGAAUUUUAGGGCGCGCCAAUUAUAUACACCCGUUUGGAAAGCCAUCGUUCUAUAACGCGCAGGGCGCGUCGCGGAUACUAUGACUUUAGGCGAACCAGAACCAUUCAUGGUCAACCACUGC